AGAGCCGCGGCCGGCUGGCGUUCGGGCAGAGGCCGGCGCCCUGAGAACUCCGGGCCCUUAAACGGCGGGUGUACCCGGAGAGGAGACAGACGUCCGACCUCUGCGAAGCUGGUGCUGGUGGUCGCCACAAUGCCUCCCACUCAAGCAGAAAGUGUUAUAAAGAAUAUUAUACGAGAAAUAGGACAAGAAUGUGCAGCCCAUGGAGAGAUUGCAUCUGAAACAGUGGUUGCUUUCAUGGUGAAAGCUGUUGUCCUGGAUCCAAGCAAUGGCUUUAACAUGGAUAGAACCCUCAUCAAAAGCGACGUGCAGAAACUUGUUAAGCUUUGUGUGGCUCGACUGUUGGACAGUAAAAAUCCAUCCCUGGACACCAUUAAGAUGCAGGUCUACUUUGAUAUGAAUUACACGAGUCGAGAGGACUUUCUUGAAGAGCAUCACCGGGUCUUGGAGUCCAGAUUGAGUGCCGUUAGCAGAGAAAUUACAGACAACAGAGCAUGCGCUAGAGAAGAACUGGAGAGUCUCUACCGAAAGAUCGUUAGCUAUGUGUUACUGAGGUCUGGGCUGGGAUCCCCCACAGACAUCAAGAUUGUCAGGGAGGCAACAGCUGCCCUGCAGAGUGUUUUUCCUCAGGCUGAGCUGGGGACAUUUCUGACUCUUAGUAAGAAGGACAAAGAGCGCCAGCUGAAAGAGCUCACCAUGAUCGUAACUGGAAUUCGGUUAUUUAACAGAGACUGUGGGAAAGGCGGAGAAGGCAUUGAUGAUUUGCCAGCCAUUCUCCAGGAAGCAAUCCCAGCCACGACGCAGCAUAUCGACUCACAGCUCCAGAUUGCCCAGGAACAGGCCUUUCGCUACACAGCCAUCCUCGAGAAAGUGAUGAAGAACCCGCUCCUGGCCAAAGAGCUCGAGUCCUAUAUGUUAAAGGAAGCGCUGUACAACAUCCGACAGUACGAGAUCUUCCUUCAGACUGUUUUGUCAGAUAUAAUUACUUGUGCUCAAGAAGUGGAAAUGAUGAUAAAACAAUUAGCAGCUCAACUGGAACAAUUAAAAAUGACAGUAAAAUCAAAAACAGCUGUCCCGACAUCGCAAGUCUUUCCUAUAUUCAUUGCACUGGCCAGCCUGUGGAUGAGCUUCCAGGAUGAGACCGUGCUGAUUAGUGUCCUCAGCAACCUGACCACUAACCUGGAGCUGUUCCUGGGCACUCAUGAGCUUCUCUUUCCCGAGAAGGUGAUCCAGGGCCUUCUGGAUGGUGUCACUGUGAAAAGUGACAUCUUUAGAAUAAAGGAGCACAUAGAAGAAAGAGUACACUUGCCAGAUUUCAGAAAACUGGAUUGGCUUUUUCCAGAAACAACAGCAAAUUUUGAUAAACUGGUAAUUCAGUACCGCGGGUUUUGUGGCUACACGUUUGCUUCAACAGACGGUCUUCUUCUCCCAGGAAAUCCAACCAUUGGAAUUUUGAAAUUCAAAGAAAAAUACUACACUUUCAACACCAGAGAUGCUGCGCAUUCGUUUGCAGAAAAUCCUGAACAUUACAUUAACCUAAUUAAAGAAAAAGCCAAAAAGAAUGCAGAGCUAAUUCAGCUACUCGAGCUUCAUCAACAGUUUGAAACUCUCAUACCAUACUCUCAGAUGAGAGAUGUUGACAAGCAUUAUAUAAAGCCAAUUACGAAGUGUGAAAAUGGCUCGCAGACAGACACACACAUAUUGCCGCCAACCACCGUGAGAGCAUAUGAGUGGAAUGAAUGGGAAUUAAGAAGAAAAGCUAUAAGACUGGCUAAUUUACGUCAGAAAAUUACCCACUCCGUACAAACUGACCUUAGUCACAUGAGAAGAGAAAACAGCUCACAGGUGUACCCUCUGAAAAGCGUUAGCACCCAGUCCAUGAGAGAAGGCAGCACUGGAGUGCCCAGGCCCCAGAUCUUCAUAGCUGGGCUUCGUGGGGGACCAAGUCAAAAAACCCACGGGGUAAAGGUAAACCUAACCAGAGCAGUGGAUGAAACCUAGGAUGGAAUUUUAAAGGAAGCUGAUCCUGAAUGUUAAGCAUGGAAAAGAGUUCCAAGGACUCUACAUGUACAUAUUUAAUUGUGUGGGGUGACACAGUCAGUGUUCGCAAGAAUGUGUGUUAGAGCCCCAUGUCUCGCCUGACUGCUAUACAGAUCUCAAAGCAUCUCUGUAGCUCAUUUCUCAUUCUAUUAAAAAUGAUAAA